ACUUUCCACUUCUGUGGUCUGUCCUAGGAUUCCGGACCCGAACGCAACAGCAACUCUGCGCAGCUGCUGUGUUGCAUUCUCUGGCCCGCUGUGUAUAUAUAUGAUAUAUUACUGCUCAUUAGUGAGUUGCAUCCUUUCAUCCACACUCACCUCUGUGAACACAGAAAGCAUCCUCAGCGGUAUACCGUACACACGAGCCACACCAUCUAUCACCUAUGAGCCAGAGCAAGGAAGAACUUAGUCUCGUCACAGAAUUGUCCGCCGAAUAUCAGGACGAUACAGAUAUGCCACUCCCCUCGCCCUCCGGACCCGCCUUCCCGCAGGAGCUUCUCGACCUCAUCAUCGAUAUGGCAUGCGAUGACAAGCCGACGCUGCGUGCGUGCGCGCUCGCUAGCAGCCAGCUCCUCCCGCGCUGCCAGAUGCACCUCCAUCGCGUGCUCAAGCUCGGCUCUCUCGCCGCGUGCGAGCACGCCACCGACAUCUACCGCAACUCCUUUCUUGUGCGCCACGUCCGCGAAGUGCACGUCUACGACCGCAGUCACCGCGACUCGGACGACCGCGACCAGUCGUGGGUCGACGCUAAUGUACCUGCCGUGCUUGCAAAGCUCAAAGCGUCGGUCGUUGAAACGGUGCAUAUCAACAAUAUCCAGAAUAUCCAUUGGGCAGCAUGCGAGGACGUCCUCUUCCCUUCUGCCACAUGCCUUGUUCUGCACCGUACUGAGUUCCAGUCUCCAAAGGAGUUCACCAAGCAUUUCAAGCACUUCCCAUGUCUCGGCCAUUUAGUCGUGAGGGAGUUGUCGUUCACGCAGAAGGUGGGACAUCCGUCCAUUCUUGGUCCACGUCCCCCUUUGCAUACUCUUGAAAUCCGUUCCGGCACGUCUCAAGAGUUUAUUCUGAAUUGGCUUCUAUACCAACCUGCGGGUAAGAUCCGCAUUCGGACUCUGGCAUAUUCUGUCGAACGAUGGCAAAUCAAAGCACCCAAAGAAGCACUCAAAGUGCUAGGAUCGACGGUGAAAGAUCUUACUAUUGUCUUUCCUUACGAGUCUCCACAUUAUCUGCUGAAGGAUGAUCCUUUGCUCUCCUAUCUUAAAUCCAUACACUCGCUUGCAUUCGACUUCGUCACCUUCUACGCCUCCGUGUACGGAUCACCAUCAAUGCCCAUGCUUUUGCAGCGGAUCACAUCGCCACAUAUUACGCGGCUCAGCUUCCGCUUCUCGCUCGACAGUCAGUACACGGGGUUGGACGACAGCCUCGUUCGCAUCGCGCGUAUCCGAUUGCACGAGACGAAUGAACUGCUUGGGCGUCUCGCACCGUUCGCGGGGCUUGCGGCCGUGCGCAUUGAGGUGCGCUCGAACGAGUGGACGAAGCUCCUGCGUCUUCGAACGCUCGACGCGUGGAUACGGAGCGAUGUCGAACAGCAUCGCGUUAGGAGCGAGCGGAAGCGCCCCGAGUGGCGGGACGCGAUGGCGACGCCGCAAUCUGGGUCAGGAUCCGGAUCACAGGGCGUGGGCGUGGGCGUGGGCAGCUCCACAUCCCCAAAGGCGUCUGAAUACUGUUGUUCAUCUUCGUCUGGCGGGGCCGGAAGCAGUGGCGGAGUUACAUCCAUCCUGAGUGUGGAGGAAAUGUACCGAGAGCAUCAGCGCAUGAGGAACGAGCUGGAGGGGGAACGGCUCGUCGUGCAGCGGGCGGAGUGCGACUUUUCAAAGGCGGUCGAGACGUGGAAGAAGGCGCGUACGAUUUUCGAUGCGGCGCUGCCGUAUGUGGGCGGCCAGGAGAUCCUGACGGUCGAGCCGAUGGGGUAUGACCCGCCGGAGGAAUUGACAAUGUAUCGGCGGCCGGUGCUGCUCCCUGUGCAGCAUGUGAUGUAUUAUGGGUCGAAGGCGUAUCACUAUCAUGACCUUCAUAUGCGCCCAUGAGGGGUAGCUUGUAUGUGACGAUCCUGCUUCAGUUCUCAGGCUUUGCGGACGAUUGAUGGAUACCCUGUAUUGCGUAGUGUCUGCAUGAGGACCCUCCCCCCUUUCGUGGAUGACUAUACAUAUGCGCUUGUGACUAAUUCAUUAAAGCUACGUGUAAUCAGAGUGACGGGAAAUAAAAAACCUCUGCGCCGAAG